CGCCACUAGAAGCCAGAGCGCAGCGGGAAGGCAAAGGUUGGGCGACGCAUCACGGGGACCUGAGGGAGGCCGCAGCCCGCAAACGAAACAGAGGACAGCUAGUUCAUUGAGGAAGGAGUGCUAUUGGGCAGGAAGUAAUACUUUAUUAUUCUGAAGCGGUAAAGUGUAGACAGGACGUCGAUUGUCGGCUCUAUUGAGCGUAGAAAGCCGGCUCUCCUCUCUCAUUGAAGCUCUGCGUUCGCGGCUUACCGACACCUAGCGGCUCGCAGACAGUGAGAACAAGCUGUUGCUUUGCCAGAGAAGCAUCCUUCCUCGCCCUCAGAGCUGGACUCGUUUGCUCUGUCUCCUCCCUUCCAAUACCGUGAAGUGAACCCGCUCCCGGCACAAAGACUUCGCUGGACUGGACCAUUGUGUGCAAGGUGGGGGGGAUCGAGAGGGGGUUGAGGAGGCCAGGGAGCAGCCAUGGAGAACGCACACACCAAGACGGUGGAGGAAGUCCUGGCUCAUUUCAACGUUAACGAGAGCACGGGCUUGAGUCUGGAGCAGGUCAAAAAACAGAAGGAGAGAUGGGGAACGAACGAACUGCCAGCAGAAGAAGGAAAAACAUUAUGGGAGUUGGUGAUCGAGCAAUUUGAAGAUUUAUUAGUUAGAAUUUUACUACUUGCUGCCUGUAUAUCCUUUGUUUUGGCAUGGUUUGAAGAAGGCGAGGAAACUGUUACAGCCUUCGUAGAACCUUUUGUAAUUUUACUUAUAUUAGUAGCAAAUGCCAUUGUUGGUGUAUGGCAGGAAAGAAAUGCGGAAAAUGCUAUUGAAGCCCUCAAAGAGUAUGAACCUGAAAUGGGUAAAGUGUACAGACAAGACCGAAAAAGUGUCCAGCGAAUUAAAGCAAGAGAUAUUAUACCUGGGGACAUUGUUGAAGUGGCUGUUGGUGACAAGGUACCUGCUGACAUACGGCUAACUUCAAUCAAGUCAACAACUUUAAGAGUAGACCAAUCUAUCCUUACAGGUGAGUCGGUGUCUGUUAUCAAGCACACUGACCCUGUUCCUGAUCCCCGUGCAGUUAAUCAGGACAAAAAGAACAUGUUGUUUUCUGGUACUAACAUUGCUGCUGGUAAAGCCAUUGGAGUAGUUGUAGCAACAGGAGUGAACACUGAAAUUGGAAAGAUUAGAGAUGAGAUGGUGGCUACUGAGCAAGAGAGAACUCCCUUGCAGCAGAAAUUAGAUGAAUUUGGUGAACAGCUUUCCAAAGUUAUAUCUCUGAUUUGUAUUGCUGUUUGGAUCAUCAAUAUUGGACACUUCAACGACCCUGUCCAUGGGGGAUCUUGGAUUCGGGGAGCUAUUUACUAUUUCAAAAUUGCAGUUGCCCUUGCUGUUGCUGCCAUACCUGAAGGUCUGCCUGCUGUCAUCACUACCUGUUUGGCUCUGGGAACCAGGAGAAUGGCAAAAAAGAAUGCGAUUGUUCGAAGUUUGCCAUCUGUAGAAACUCUUGGCUGUACAUCCGUUAUCUGCUCCGACAAAACUGGCACCCUAACAACUAACCAGAUGUCAGUCUGCAGGAUGUUUAUUGUAGAUAAAGUGGAAGGAGAUAAUUGCUUUCUGAAUGAAUUUAAUAUUACUGGGUCCACAUAUGCACCCAUGGGAGAAGUGUUGAAAGAUGACAAGCUGGUAAAAUGCCACCAAUAUGAUGGUCUUGUAGAACUUGCAACAAUCUGUGCCCUUUGCAAUGAUUCUUCUUUGGAUUUUAAUGAGGCUAAAGGAGUCUAUGAAAAGGUUGGAGAAGCUACAGAGACUGCACUCACAUGCCUGGUUGAAAAGAUGAAUGUCUUCGACACGGAACUUAAAGGGCUUUCCAGGAUAGAACGUGCAAAUGCUUGCAACUCGGUCAUAAAACAACUGAUGAAGAAGGAAUUUACUUUGGAGUUCUCAAGGGACAGGAAGUCCAUGUCCGUCUACUGUACACCAAAUAAACCGAGUCGCACAUCCAUGAGCAAAAUGUUUGUAAAGGGGGCUCCUGAAGGAUUGAUAGAGAGAUGUACCCAUAUCCGAGUUGGAAGCGUAAAAAUGCCACUAACAGCUGGAAUUAAGCAGAAACUUAUGAGCGUCAUUCGGGAGUGGGGGACUGGUAGGGACACUCUGCGCUGUUUGGCCCUUGCAACUCAUGAUAACCCACCAAGAAAAGAAGAAAUGAACUUAGAGGAUUCUAACAAUUUCAUUAAUUAUGAGACUAAUUUGACAUUUGUUGGCUGUGUUGGAAUGCUAGACCCACCAAGAACAGAAGUCGCUGCCUCUUUGAAAAUUUGCAGGCAGGCUGGCAUUAGAGUUAUCAUGAUUACAGGCGAUAACAAGGGAACUGCUGUUGCAAUUUGCCGUCGCGUCGGUAUCUUCCGUGAAGAUGAAGAUGUUUCUGAGAGGGCUUUUACUGGACGUGAAUUUGAUGAACUGUCCCUAGCUGCACAGAGGGAUGCUUGCUUAAAUGCACGCUGUUUUGCUCGUGUAGAACCUUCCCACAAGUCAAAAAUUGUAGAGUUUCUGCAGUCUUUUGAUGAGAUCACAGCCAUGACUGGUGAUGGUGUAAAUGAUGCACCUGCACUUAAGAAAGCAGAAAUUGGAAUAGCCAUGGGAUCUGGCACUGCGGUAGCUAAAACUGCAUCUGAAAUGGUGUUGGCCGAUGACAACUUUUCAACCAUAGUGGCUGCUGUAGAGGAAGGACGUGCCAUCUAUAACAACAUGAAGCAGUUUAUUCGAUACCUUAUUUCCUCUAAUGUUGGAGAAGUGGUUUGCAUUUUUCUCACAGCUGCUCUUGGAUUCCCUGAAGCUUUAAUACCUGUUCAGCUUUUGUGGGUUAAUUUGGUCACUGAUGGGCUUCCUGCUACUGCAUUGGGUUUUAACCCCCCAGACCUGGACAUAAUGAACAAACCACCCCGCAAUCCAAAAGAGCCACUUAUCAGUGGCUGGCUUUUCUUUCGUUAUCUUGCCAUUGGAUGCUAUGUUGGAGCUGCGACAGUCGGUGCAGCUGCGUGGUGGUUUAUUGCUGCUGAAGAUGGGCCAAGAAUUACCUUCUAUCAAUUGAGCCAUUUCCUGCAAUGCAGAGAGGAAAAUCCAGAUUUCGAAGGUGUGGAGUGUGAAAUUUUUGAGUCCCCUUAUCCAAUGACCAUGGCUCUUUCUGUUCUUGUUACCAUAGAAAUGUGUAAUGCAUUAAACAGUCUUUCUGAAAACCAGUCAUUGCUGAGAAUGCCUCCAUGGGAGAACGUGUGGCUUCUGGGUUCAAUCUGCUUAUCCAUGUCUCUUCAUUUCCUCAUUCUUUAUGUAGAACCACUACCACUUAUUUUCCAGAUUACUCCACUGAACUUGAUACAGUGGCUGAUGGUGCUGAAAUUCUCACUACCAGUUAUACUUUUGGAUGAGGCUCUUAAAUAUGUUGCUCGUAACUACCUGGAACCUGGUAAAGAGUGUGAAAAGCCUGAGACCAAAACAUGUUCUUUUUCAGCAUGCAUUGAAGGGAUCUCUUGGCCGUUUGUAAUCAUUACAACGCCCUUGGUUCUUUGGCUUUACAGCACCGACACUAACAUUACUGAAAUGUUUUGGUCUUGACUGACUGUUUUACGGAAUGGAAAUGUUUAAAUUAACCAGUUCGUUUUUUUUAUUUUAUUGUUUAAAGCAAUUGUCGAUUUCUGCUGAAUUUCACAUGAACAUAGUGUUGGUGACGGCAAGUCUGUUUUUCAUAGUAGAUCAUCCUUUGCUUCCCCGCACCUCCUGACCCUAGACCGGAUGAGAGGCUUUCAAUUUUUUUUAUACACUUAGUGUUCAUUGACAUGUACAGAGAGCUAACACUAUUUUAUGCAAAUAUUUUUUGUAGAUGCGGGAAAAAAAGUGCAUGUACAGUGUUUUGUUUCAUACAGUUCAUCCUCAUAACAUGGAAGCAAAAAAAGGAAAUAAUCAAUGGACACUAUCUGCAGAAAAUUGGCAGAAGAUGUAGGGAAUGUGAUUAUGUUGCGAAAACGCAAGCGCAUGCUCUUGUCUUUCUGCAUGGGUUUUUGUUUUUGUUUUAAAUUAAAAUCACUAUGCUGUCUGUUUAAUGGUUGGUCUUAGCCAUAAGCCAGUUUUUCUGCCCUAAGCAGAGCACUGCUACCUCAGUCAGUAUUUUGUUUCCCCACAUUCCCAUUUCACUGUUUGUGCUUCUCUGUUUACACCAUUCUCUGUAAGAGGUAUGUCUAUUCUUGCUUGUGCAGAAAAUUCCUUUCAGGUUCAAAUCUUCUUUCCAAACCCAUAGCUUUUAAGGUUAUUUAUUUAAAUGUCUAAUGUAUUUUAUUGUAAUAGACAUUGUAUUUUUUUUCUUUUCUUCAUUUUUUUUUGCCAGUGUUGCCCAUAUUAGGAUUUCAAUGUCACAAUUAGUUGAAAAUAAAACCUUUAAACAGACGGAGGAGAAAAAUAACUUGCCGUUUGUCUUACGACCGCUAUAUCACCUAAGUUCCUUAUUUUCUUUCAAGAGUUUUUUUCUACCUACAUUUUGUAAUCAUAAUAUGUGCGUGUGAAUGGCAACUUGCACUGCAGAGUUAAAGGCUGAAUUAUUUCACGUGUUUUAGUGCAUAAAUAACCGUUCAUCUGCUAUUCUUAUUAUAUAGCAAGUGAUCUGACCUCUUAACAACAAAGGUUAGGAACAGAACUUGACUUAUAAACGGUGUGCUUUUUUUUAUGUACAAUCUGUAAAUAGCACAUGACCAAAUGGACAUAUUGUAUAGAACAAUUUUUUAUUUUUAAGUGACACUAAUAUUCAUCAUUCCACUGUAAUUGUUAGCGCAUGUUUUCAAGAUGAUUUUCUUCAGCCUCCACUGUUUGUCAUUAACCGUCCUAACUGUGGCGUUUUCUCUCCAAUGCCUUCCAAAUUCCACCAACUAAAGUGAGUAUCCAUUGUCUGUGUUAUAACACUCCGUCUCAGCCAGUUCAUGUAGUGAUGCAAGAAAUGACUCUGUAUUGUUGCUAAAAAUAAACAGUUAUGGUUC